AUGACGACCUGGAGCCCAGUCUUCAACCCAAAGCCUGCAAAGCCAAACGGCGCCACGACGCCCAUGGGCAUCAAGCCCAUUAUCAAGGACAUGUCGCUCGCCGCUCCCGUUGUCGUCAUCGCCGAGGAGCUGAGCCCUGCAACCCUUGACGCGCUCGGACCCGAUUUUGAGGUGCGCAAUGUGGACGGAACGGACCGUGUGGCUCUCCUCGCGGCUCUGGUGGACGCGCACGCAGUCCUAGUGCGUAGUGCGACGCAGAUUGAUGCCGAGGCCCUCGCGGCAGCCCCGCAGCUCAAGGUCGUCGCCCGUGCCGGCGUCGGACUGGACAACGUGGACAUCAAGUCGGCGACAAAGGCGGGUGUCAUGGUCGUUAACGCCCCCACGUCUAAUAUUAUCUCGGCGGCCGAGCUGACUAUCGGACAUAUUCUGUCGCUCGCGCGCCGCGUCCCGGCCGCUCACGCGUCCCUGGCUGCUGGGGCGUGGAAGCGCUCCGCGUUUUCGGGUACCGAACUGUUUGAGAAGACACUCGGCAUUAUCGGACUGGGCCGUAUUGGUACACUCAUCGCGACGCGUAUGCAGGCGUUCGGCAUGCGCGUUAUCGCUUACGAUCCCUACAUCACGGCCGCGCGGUCGCAGCAGCUCGGCGUCGAGAGCAAGACGCUCGACGAGCUGCUGUCCGAGGCUGACUUUGUCACGAUCCACAUGCCCAAGACGCCCGAGACGACUGGGCUGCUCUCUGGCCCCCAGUUCAAGCACAUGAAGCCCACCGCGUGCGUGAUCAACGUCGCUCGCGGCGGCCUCAUCGACGAGGCGGCUCUGUAUGACGCCCUUGUGGCUGGCGAGAUCGCCGGUGCCGGCCUCGACGUCUUCUCGACGGAGCCGCCCACCGGAACGGCCGUUCGCCUCCUCUCUCUCCCCAAUGUUGUGGUUACGCCUCAUCUCGGCGCGUCGACCCACGAGGCGCAAGAGAAGGCGGGUAUCAGCGUGGCCAAGAGCGUGCGCCUCGCUCUUAGCGGCGAGAUCGUGCCCGACGCUGUCAAUGUCGCUGGCGGCACGAUCGACCCGUACGUCCGCCCCGGUAUCCCUCUGGCCGAGAAGCUCGGCCAGUUCUUCUCCGCACUCGCGCGCUCUCCGGUCACGGCCCUUGAUGUCGAGGUGCACGGCGAGCUUAGCGCAUACCCGGUGCAAAUCCUCAAGCUCGCGGCCCUCAAGGGCGUCUUCACGAAUAUUGUGAGCGAGUCGGUAUCGUACGUCAACGCCCCCCUUCUCGCCGAGAGCCGCGGUAUCGACGUCCGGCUCGUCGUCGACGACCACACCGACGAGUACCGUAACGUCAUCACGCUCUCGGGUACUCUUGCGGACGGGAGCAAGAUCAGCGUCAGCGGAACGUGUACCGGUCCCAAGCAGACUGAGAAGCUGGUCGGCAUUAAUGGGUUCACGCUCGAGAUUCCGUUCGAGCGCCACCACUUGGUCAUGAUCUACCGCGACCGCCCGGGUAUUGUCGCCGUGUACGGCGCCAAGCUCGGCGAGAUGGGCAUCAACAUUAACGGCAUGCAGAUCAGCCGUGCGACCGCUGGCGGCCGCGCGCUGUCCGUGCUUACGGUCGACAGCCCGCUUAAUGACGACCUCAUCGAGGUGCUCCGCGACGCUAUUGCCGCCGACACGCUGCGCCAGAUCGAGAUCACGGAGACGUAG